CACAAACGCAGGUGCUUAUCUCUAGGCAGUCAAAGGCACUAGAUGUCAUAUCAUGGGAACUACCUUUCAAAGGCACAGCUUUAGUGCACAGUUCAGCACACAAGGGAGGAGAAACAUUUAAGUUUGGGCGACCGCGAGAAACACAAAACUGUAAUCCAGACCAUAAUGAAGUCAACAGGAACUUUGACAUAGAGAAUGAAUUUUGGGAUUAUCUGUUAAGUCAGACAAGACAGUUUGGUCCGAGAGACGGAUUUGAUCAUUUGGAAUUUGCACAUAAUUUUGCUCCGAAGCAAGCAAAGAUGGAUGCAGAUGGUGAAGAUGGAGCAUGGCGCACACGCUCAAGAGGGACCAAGGCACACGUGGAUUCGAUAGCACAGGAGCUCAGUGCCUACAAAAGUUCCAUGGCUAAGAAGAGAAAAGCUGAAGAGCAGAUUUCGGGAGUUCCUGUCAACAAACGAAAGUCUCUGUUAAUGAAGCCCCGUCACUACAGUCCCAGUGUGGAAGGCAAAGGGGAAAAUGAAGACAAUAUAGAACUGCAAGAUGACAACAGCCUCAUCAAAGCAGAAGAAAACAUUACAACACCAGCCAAUACUAGCCCUAAUUUGGAUGUGCAAGAAAAUGUUCAUCAAAAGGACAAUUAUACUAGCUACCAGGACCUCAUGUCCAAAUCUUUAAUUAGCUUUGAAAAAAUAGCAAACGAUGCACCAAAUCACCCAGAGAAUGACAAACUAAAGGACAGUAGCUGCCAGUCCUUAAAAAUCAAGAAUAACAAUGUUGAUGAAUGCUACAUGAUUAACUCAUCAGCAGGAAACGAUAGAAUUGGUGUUUCUGAUUCACAGUACUGUUCCUCUGAGGAUAAUGAAAGCAGCUCUGAAAUUCUGGACAAUGAAUGGGAUAGUUCCUCCAACUUCUCCGAAGAGACAAGCUUAAAACUUCCAUUAAAUAAAGAAUAUCUUGUAGGAUGUAAUCAGCAAGAUGUCCUAAAAGCACCAGGAAUCAAAAGUGAAGGGACAGAUUUUGAGAACUCUGAAUUGGUUUGUGAUUCAGAAACAGGGCUGCGAGAAUCACGAGAGUCCCAUGUCGAAAUGUUCAGCAGCAGAAUUCAGAAUCCAUUUCCAGACAGCGAGGAAGACGAGUGCCUGUCAGAAAACACAGAACUGUCCUUCGACCUGGACAAAACGAAGCAAAACUUGAGUUUGUUAGAACAAGCAAUAGCCCUGCAGGCAGAGCAGGGUCACGUCUUUCAUAGCACUUACAAGGAGCUGGACAGGUUCUUCUUAGAGCAUCUUACUGUUACAGGUGAAAGAAGACAAGCCAGAUUAAUUGACCUCGGUGGGAGACCAAUUUAUAAUAACAAACACUUGCCUAGGCCUGAAAAGAGGGAGACGAAAUGUCCCAUCCCAGGAUGUGAUGGCACAGGACAUGUCACUGGAUUGUAUCCACACCAUCGUAGUCUUUCUGGCUGUCCACAUAAAGUUAGAGUGCCACUGGAAAUCCUUGCCAUGCAUGAAAAUGUUCUGAAGUGUCCUACUCCUGGAUGUACAGGAAGAGGACAUGUCAACAGCAACCGCAAUACUCACAGAAGUCUUUCUGGUUGUCCAAUUGCUGCAGCUGAAAAAAUGGCAAUGUCUCAGGAAAAAAAUCAACUUGACUCUCCUAAAGCAGGGCAGUGCCACGAUGAAGCUCACAGGACAAACUUAAUGAAGCAGCUUGAGUUAUCUCAGUACAGCUGCAGAUCUGCCCAACCAAGUCCUUCCCCCAGAGCCACUCUUAUGAGAGAGAAAGAGAAGUGCGGGAAAGCACCAUUUGACUAUGCCAGCUUUGAUGCCCAAGUCUUUGGCAAACGCACGAUGGUGCCAACUGUUCAAGGACAAAAACCCAUACAAUUCUUUGAGUCAAAGCAUUUUUCAAAUCCAGGGAAAUUUUCUAAUCGGGUGCCUUGUGCUAGCGCCCACACACAGAGCCCUCGUCAUGCCAACUCUUAUGGCUACGGUCAAUGUAGUGAAGACACCCACAUAGCAGCAGCUGCUGCAAUCCUGAACCUUUCCACCCACUGCAGGGAAGCAGCAGAGAUCCUCUCCAACAAACCACAGAGUCUGUCUGCCAAGGGGGCUGAUAUAGAAGUGGAUGAAAAUGGCACCCUGGAUUUGAGCAUGAAAAAGAACCGAAUCCAAGAAAAGGUUACUAAUCUAAAUACUUCCAGCGCAACAGUCCCUACUCCUUCCUCUUCUCCCUUCAAAACAGGCAGCAUUCUGGUAAAUACCACCUUCUACCAGGCUUUGUGUGAGAAGGAAGGCUGGGAUAUGCCCAUCAACUAUAGCAAGACCCAAGAGAGAAAAGAAGAGGAGAAAGAGAAAGAUCCUGUGAACUGCCCUGAAAGUCUGGAGGAAAAGAAACACUCAGGAAAUGUACCUAUCCCUAGUCCCAAACCAAAGCUCCACUCAAGAGAUCUCAAAAAGGAACUAAUCACGUGUCCAACACCUGGAUGUGAUGGCAGUGGUCAUGUGACAGGAAAUUAUGCUUCACAUCGCAGUGUUUCCGGCUGCCCAUUAGCUGACAAGACACUAAAAUCCUUGAUGGCUGCCAACUCUCAAGAGCUUAAAUGUCCCACACCUGGAUGUGAUGGCUCCGGUCAUGUAACUGGAAACUAUGCUUCGCAUAGAAGCUUGUCUGGUUGUCCUCGGGCAAGAAAAGGUGGUCUCAAAGUAGCUCCUACUAAGGAAGAAAAAGAAGACCCUGAACUUAAAUGUCCGGUGCUAGGCUGUGAUGGCCAAGGUCACAUAUCAGGUAAAUACACUUCUCAUCGCACUGCUUCGGGUUGUCCUUUGGCUGCCAAGAGACAGAAGGAGAGUCCUCUCAACGGGUCUUCACUGCCCUGGAAACUGAACAAGCAAGAGCUGCCACACUGUCCUUUGCCAGGCUGCAAUGGGCUGGGUCAUGUUAAUAACGUUUUUGUCACCCACAGAAGCUUGUCGGGAUGUCCUCUAAAUGCACAAGCCUUAAAAAAGGGCAAAAUUUCUGAAGAACUAAUGACCAUCAAGCUGAAAGCAAGUGGAGGUUUAGAAAAUGAAGAGGAAAUCAGACAUUUGGAUGAAGAAAUAAAAGAACUGAAUGAAUCUAACCUUAAAAUUGAAGCUGACAUGAUGAAACUUCAGACACAGAUAACAUCUAUGGAAAGCAAUCUGAAAACAAUAGAAGAAGAGAACAAACUUAUAGAGCAGAACAACGAGAGCCUGCUAAAGGAGUUGGCUGGCCUAAGCCAAGCCCUCAUCUCCAGUCUUGCAGACAUUCAGCUUCCACAAAUGCAGAACUUCAAGCAACAUCACACACUACUUUGCUCAGUUCCAAAGGCUGUUUUGUUCUGCAGCAAUUUGGGCUGUCACUCAAGAAACCUAAGUCCAAAGUCUCUUCAGGGCCCAAUCAGCGAGCAGAAUUUUGAAGCAUAUGUAAAUACGCUCACCGACAUGUAUAGCAAUCUGGAGCGGGACUAUUCCCCAGACUGCAAGGCUCUGCUGGAAAGUAUCAAACAGGCAGUGAAGGGUAUCCAUGUGUAGGAUGGGGAAGCUGCAAGGGCAACGGGAGUUACUUAGCAGCAACAGAAUCCAGAUGGACCUGUCAAGAGUUUGCAGACUGCUUUGGAGUAUCAGAUGUUGUGCUGCAUUUACAACUACAACAUUGCACUAUUUUUUUUUCCAGCUGCCAUAAAAAGGACAGACAACAUAACAGACUAUUAUAUUAACAGCAAUGAUUCAGAUCACGGAAUAUAUUUAUUUCAAUACGAUUCCUUUUUGUUCUUGUUGUUUUGCACUCUUUUUUCUUUUUUGUAAAGUGAAUGUAAAAAAGCGUGUGUACCUAUUUUUUUACAUUUUUAAAUUUAUUUUCAAUCAAAGAGUUGGGAUUUUUUUUUUAAAUCUUUUAACCGCAUUUCUUGGAACCUGCCAUAUUUUUACAAAUGUGUUUGUUAAUUUAUUUUCCAAUGGGAUUUUAAAUAGACUGAAAGUUAUAGUGUAAAUUGAAUAAUUUGCUGGGUUUGUACAGGAGGAAGAAGAAAAACUAUGAAUGAAGCAAAUAACAGAACUGUGACUCUAGUUUUAUUUUCACCAUAUGCUGCUUUUUAUAACAGCUUUUUAAAAAACGAAAUAAGAAAUGGGUUUGUUGUUUGCAGUAGCCUGAGAAGUGAAUAAUCAGAGAUGAAAAGGAGAAUGGUGCCCUCUGCUGGAGGAACGUAAGUUCUUCAAGGGCAGCAUGCUUGGGAAAGUUCAAGAAUUUGUUAGCAAUAAUGAAAUAUAGCAAUCAGCAAAGAAUUGGACUUGGCUAUAUGCUUUA